CUACGCCAAAGCGAAGGGUUGAAGAAGUCAAGGGGUCAUAAGAGCAAGUAUUUUGGACACGCUGUGGGAGAAAAAGUUUAUUUAUACUUGAACUGGCCUUCCUUUUGCUUGUGAGGGAAUAAGAAGAGUGUGUGCUAUGUGAAAUCCGCUUAAUUUAAUAGAUGUUUAGUGUUCUGAAUCGCGCUGAAUUGCACUCAGUGCUGUAGACAUUCUGAACGGCUUUGAGGGUCUGACAGCCACUGGUUCGAUAUAGCAGGACUCCUAUUAGGACGAGGUGUUUGUUAGUACAAGAAGAUUCAGCAGGGAAUUCCACCUCUCCUCUCACAUACCCCACCAAAUGCUAUGGUGGGGUGUAGACACCAGAGCAGCAACCAGGACUAGGGCUAGAUGGGAGCCCAUACUGACAGUGCCAGCCUGAUACUAUGGCUGCUUAUGCCCUGAGCAGUCUGAUUAUGAUGAAUGGCAACAAUCUGACGAAUGCGAGCAGCCCUCGGACUGGGAGGCCUGUGCUGCAUGUGCCAAACUGCUCCACCUACUACAGCCCUGGUAGCCUGAUUCCUGGCUCCCCUGGGGGCUCCUUCGUCYCCCCCCCCUCUCCAGGCCCCAGCAGCCCCAGGGCCCGCUCCCCCUGCCGCCACCCUGAAACCUUGGGGGAGAUCGUGGGCAACUGUGUCCGCCGGCUCAGCAACAACGGAGAUGAUGAGGCCCCCAACUGGGAGGUUAAGCGCACGGUGCAGCUCCUGCAGAUCCACCAGGAGCUCCUGAAUGUGGAGGUCAACAAAAAGGUGGGUCUGUUUGAGGCCCACAUCUUGAGAGCCCCGUGCAGAACAGUCCCAGCCUCCAAGCCCAGCCAGCCUGCCGAGGUGCCUCCCCCUAACCCCCCACGGAGAGACUGCCCUCCAAGCAUUUCCAAGGAGCUCCAGAACGGGAAAGGUUGUCUCUGCUUGGAGGAGGGAGUAACAGGGAACGGCAGAGUGGAAAAUAACACGGCUGACCCAAAUACGGAACAGGGCAGUCUGCUUGUGAACAAAUCAGCAGGAACUUGGGCCCAAGCUGACAGUUCAGCAGGCAGUUACUCCCCGAGUUCACUGGGGGUUGGCAGCUUCUUGGCAGGCAGCAACAGCGAGCACCCUGCGGAGUGGGCCCAGACCUGCCUGACAAAGGCAGGAGCAGAGCCAACGGAAACCCAGCCACAAGCACCCUGGGCCGGCAAGGAGGGGAGCUGCCCAAAAGUGGGGACCACCAUCCCAGCCGUCAUAGUCACCGACCACGGGAUGGAGGCCCAGGGAGAAGGCUGUGAACCGGGCAGUGAGCCCCAGCAGAGCCCCAGGUCGUCCCGAGGCUUGAGAAAGCUGUCCUCCUCCUCAGCUUCCUCCACAGGCUUCUCCUCUUCCUGGGAGGAAUCAGAGGAGGACAUCUCCAGCGACCCGGAUAGAGCCGAGGGACUGUCACUUGCCUUCCUCAACACCCAGCAGAGAGCUCACAAGUCAUGGAAGAAGAUCAAGAACAUUGUCCACUGGUCUCCAUUCGUCAUGUCUUUCAAGAAGAAGUACCCUUGGAUCCAGCUGGCGGGUCAUGCAGGCAGUUUCAAGGCAGGGGCUAACGGGCGUAUCCUGAAGAAGCACUGUGACUGUGAGCAGCGCUGCUUGGAUUGGCUGAUGAAAGACGUGCUGCGUCCCUACGUACCGGCCUACCACGGAGACGUGGAGAAGGACGGGGAGAAGUACAACCAGAUGGAUGAUCUGCUCUCUGAGUUCGACCUGCCCUGCGUCAUGGACUGCAAGAUGGGUGUCAGGACGUACCUGGAGGAGGAGUUGACCAAGGCCCGUAAGAAUUCCAGUCUGAGGAAGGACAUGUACCAGAAGAUGGUGGAGGUGGAACCCCUGGCACCCACCCCAGAGGAGCAGGAGCAGCAGGCGGUCAGCAAGCCCCGCUACAUGCAGUGGAGAGAGACCAUCAGCUCCACCGCUACCCUGGGCUUCCGCAUCGAGGGCAUCAAGAAGGAAGAUGGGACGGUAAACAGAGACUUUAAAAAGACCAGGAGCAUGGAUCAAGUGACAGAGGCAUUCAACGACUUUGUCAAAGGAAACCAGAACAUCCUGAACUGUUAUCUGCACCGACUGAAGGACAUUAGGGACACUCUGGAAAUAUCAACCUUCUUCAAGACCCACGAGGUGAUUGGCAGCUCACUGCUGUUUGUCCAUGACAAGCGUGAACAGGCCAAGGUGUGGAUGAUAGACUUUGGGAAGACCACCCCUCUGCCUAAAGGACAGGUCCUGAGUCACAGGGCCACCUGGGAGGAGGGCAACCGCGAGGAUGGCUACCUCUAUGGCCUGGACCACCUCAUAGACAUUCUCACCCACAUGGUGGUGACCCCAAAGCCAGAUUCACUCUAAAAAGGGACUGUUCCCCCCCUCAACUCAAUCCUAACCCCGACAGGACCACCACC